CGACAAAGCAAACAACUCCCCGCCCUCCACCUAACCUCCACCACCACCACCACCACCCCCCCUCAUCAACACCAACCCUACUCCUCUGUUCCCACCCCUACUUACAGACAAUGACCUCCACCAACCCCGCGCGCUUCAGCACCUACUCCGGCGCCCCCUCUCUCCAACCCUCCCUAGCCCCAACCUUCACCACAACAGCCUCCACAACCACCGCCCCCGGCACCAGCAGCAGCAACAGCAAUAGAAUGUACCAAACCACCGACCCCGCCGCGCAAACCAGCACCUCAACCCUCAGCACAAGCACCGACCCCAAAGCCGCCGAUAUAAAGUCCUGGUCGGGCGCGCUGGACCGCAUGACAGACGCGCGCCUCGAGAAGCAGCGCUUCGUCAUGAACGAGCAUAAAAGCGACGAGGUGGCGAAACUGGCGCUGAGUGCGAAGGUCGAGCGCGCGUUGGCGCGGCGCAUGGUGGGGCAGGAUGCGGUCUUUUCUGCCUCUUCUGCUGCUGCUGCGGCCAAGACGGCGGCGGAGAAGAGGAGUCUGCAGGUUGAGGCGAGGUAGUGUCGAUGCUUGCGGCUUGCGGUGAAUCACUUGGGCGCGUGGCGGUGAGGGGGGACGGGUGCUUUGGUACGAUACUUUUGCUGGCUUUACUGUGCGUCACGCAAUCUAUCACGAGGACGGGCGUUUCUGCGAUUUCGAGGUUAUGGCAUUCUUCAGCAGCUUCCAUCAUAUGUCUGAGUGUUGGUGUUGGUGCGCAUUCGAGGUUUCAUUACGAGUCAUUAGAGCGAGCGGGCAUACG